AGCAGCAGCAGCAGCAGCAGCAGCAGCAGCAGCGCCGAGCCUCCGUCGGGGAGAGGGCACCGGCCGCGGUGUAUUACUGAGAGCAACUCUCAGCAUUUUGGCUGUAUUAACUCUGGGCUGUCAGGGGACACAGAGGCUUAUGAGGAGGUUCUGCCACGUAAAGCCGUGUCUAGUGAAGGCAGCAAAGAAGAGGGGAAAGGAACGGAAAAAGAAGCUAAAAUAUUAUAACACACCAUGAGAUCUAUUCGGUCUUUUGCUAAUGACGAUCGCCAUGUCAUGGUGAAACAUUCAACAAUUUAUCCAUCUCCAGAGGAACUUGAAGCUGUUCAGAACAUGGUAUCUACUGUUGAAUGUGCUCUAAAACAUGUCUCAGACUGGAUGGAUGAAACAAAUAAGUCUGUGAAAACUGAGGGAGAGGCAGAAGUGAAGAAAGAGGAGGCUGCAGAAAGUCAUGCCAAGGAUCAAGGUGGUCGAACCUUGUGUGGUGUAAUGAGAAUUGGCUUGGUCGCAAAAGGCUUGCUGAUAAAAGAGGAUAUGGAUCUGGAAUUGGUUCUGAUGUGCAAAGAAAAACCCACAGAAGCCUUGUUAAAUACAGUCAAAGACAAUCUUCCGAUUCAAAUCCAGAAACUUACAGAAGAAAAAUAUCAAGUGGAACAGUGUAUAAAUGAGGCAUCUCUUAUUAUUCGUAAUACAAAAGAGCCCAGGCUAACACUGAAGGUGAUACUUACUUCCCCUCUAAUUAGGGAUGAAUCGGAGAAGAAGGAUGGAGUAGAAAAUGUUGCGAUGAAAGAUCCUCCGGACUUAUUGGACAGGCAGAAAUGCCUGAACGCCUUGGCGUCUCUGCGACAUGCCAAAUGGUUUCAGGCCAGGGCAAAUGGACUAAAAUCAUGUGUAAUUGUCCUACGUAUUCUGCGGGAUUUGUGCAACAGAGUCCCUACCUGGGCCCCAUUAAAAGGAUGGCCACUAGAGCUUAUAUGUGAAAAGUCUAUAGGUACUUGUAAUAGACCUUUGGGCGCUGGGGAGGCCUUGAGACGAGUAAUGGAGUGUUUGGCAUCUGGAAUACUACUUCCGGGGGGCCCUGGACUCCAUGAUCCUUGUGAGCGGGAACCUACGGACGCUUUGAGCUAUAUGACAGUUCAGCAAAAAGAAGAUAUUACACACAGUGCUCAGCAUGCGCUGAGACUGUCAGCCUUUGGUCAGAUAUAUAAAGUGCUGGAGAUGGACCCACUCCCAUCAAACAAACCUUUUCAGAAAUAUUCCUGGUCAGUUACUGACAAAGAAGGUGUUGGGUCCUCUGCUCUGAAAAGGCCAUUUGAAGAUGGAUUAGGGGAUGAUAAAGAUCCCAACAAAAAGAUGAAGCGAAACUUAAGAAAAAUUCUGGACAGUAAAGCAAUAGAUCUAAUGAAUGCUCUUAUGAGGUUAAACCAGAUCAGGCCUGGGCUUCAAUACAAACUUUUGUCCCAGUCUGGUCCCGUUCAUGCUCCAGUCUUCACAAUGUCUGUAGAUGUAGAUGGCACAACCUACGAAGCUUCAGGACCAUCCAAGAAAACUGCCAAACUUCAUGUAGCAGUCAAGGUUUUGCAGGCAAUGGGUUACCCAACUGGCUUUGAUGCGGAUAUAGAAUGUAUGAGCUCUGAUGAAAAAUCAGACAGUGAAGGCAAGAAUGAGACUGUCUCUUCAAAUUCAAGCAAUAAUACUGGAAAUUCUACAACUGAAACCUCCAGUACCUUAGAGGUAAGAACUCAGGGCCCUAUUCUCACAGCAAGUGGCAAAAACCCAGUUAUGGAGCUCAAUGAAAAAAGAAGAGGUCUUAAAUAUGAACUCAUCUCAGAGACUGGUGGAAGCCAUGAUAAACGCUUUGUAAUGGAGGUAGAAGUAGAUGGGCAGAAAUUCAGAGGCGCAGGCCCAAAUAAGAAGGUGGCCAAAGCAAGUGCGGCUUUAGCGGCUCUGGAGAAAUUGUUUUCUGGACCCAACGCAGCAAAUAACAAGAAAAAGAAGAUUAUUCCUCAGGCCAAAGGUGUUGUGAAUUCAGCAGUGUCUGCAGCAGUGCAAGCGGCUCGAGGCAGAGGCAGAGGAACAAUAGCGAGGGGGGCAUUUGUUGGGGCAGCUGCAGCUCCGGGAUACAUAGCCCCAGGUUAUGGAGCACCCUAUGGAUAUAGCACAGCUGCCCCUGCCUAUGGUUUACCCAAGAGAAUGGUUCUGUUACCAGUUAUGAAAUUCCCAACAUAUCCUGUUCCCCACUACUCAUUCUUUUAGCAAAGGCAGAAGCUAAUUCGUACUGAUUGAACAGCAGUACAAUACUGAAUACUAGAAGAGAAAAAGCCUUUUUAUCCUGUUUUCCUUUGAACACAUACUUGAGCAAAAUCAUUUGUAAAGGACAUCUUUUCCUACCUUUGGUUUUAACAAAUGCAAAUUUAGUUCUCUAAAACUUGAAAAAAAAAAGUUCUGUGAAACGUUACCUCAUUUUCAGAUAAUAACUUAUACCAGCCCUUUUGUUCUAGGGAAGAACUAGCAGCUUCAAGAUUAAGUUUUAAAUGAAGUAUCAGAUUAUGUAAAAUUAAAUUUGUGAAGGAUGUAUAGAGUAUAAAACACUGAUCACAAAUAAACUGUUUUGUUGUAACACAGAGUACUGCCUGGUUCCUGA